AUGUCUAGCUUCAACUCGUCCAAUUUCUUGCUUAUUUACAACCUCCCCGUUUACAUCCAGGAGAUCGCCAACGCCUCGCCGAUGGGAAAUGGCAGUCGCAAUCUCCCGCUGAUACUCGCGAGCUCCAUCUGUACUCUCCUUAGCGGAAACAUCUUCAAAUACGCCAAGGGCUGCUUCCAGCUCUUCCUAGCGGCAGGAUCCACCGUCCAGACUAUUGGCGCAGGCAUGCUGUACACUAUGGGCCUCAACCCCUCCAUCGGCCAGUACAUCGGGUACCAGGUCCUGGUGGGCGUGGGCGUGGGACCGAGUUUCCAGAUUCCCGUGAUGGCAUGCCAGAUGCUGGUAGAUCCGGUGGAUAUUCCCGUCGUGACGUCCAUGGUGCUAUGGACGCUAUUCCAUACCCUCCAUUGUGGUGCCCUCUCCGUCUCCGCUGCCCAGAGCAUCUUCGACAACGAGCUUGUCGCCAGCCUGGACAUCUACGUGCCCUCUGUCUCUUCCGCGUCUGACUUCGCCGCCGGCGUGACCGAGAUCCGAGAUUUAUUCCCGACUUCUCAGCUACCAGGCAUUUUACUCGCGUAUUUGAAGGGAAUUCAGGCGUCGUGGGCGUUGGGGAUCGCGCUGGGCGGGACGGCGGUGCUAGUCAGCUGGGUUCCUAUGAAGAGGUUGAGGAAUACGCCUGUCAUCGGUGCGGUGGGUUGA